UUCUUGGAUGCCAAUCACCGUUAAAACCUAUAGAAGAAGAAGUUCUCUCUGAUUUUGUCUAUCUGAAGUAUGCCGCAAUGUUUUAGUCGACCGGCCCAGUUAUUAACGAGACAGCUUCUGGUUGCGGGGAAUAGUUUGUACUUUAAUCAACAUUUUAAGCUUGUCGUCUCUGCCCCUCAGAAUGACAGACCCUGCCAUGAAGAGGGUGGUCAGUGAGAUCGUCCGCUCUCCAGAAGACAAACGGGUCUACAGGGGUCUAGAGUUCACCAAUGGCCUGAAGGCCGUGCUCAUCAGUGACCCCACCACAGAUAAGUCCUCAGCAGGGCUGGACGUCAACAUAGGUUCUUUGUCGGACCCAGGGAACAUAUCAGGCAUUGCCCACUUCUGCGAACACAUGCUGUUCUUGGGCACAGAGAAGUACCCCAAGGAGAAUGAGUACAGCCAGUUUCUCAGUGAGCAUGCUGGCAGCUCCAAUGCCUUCACCAGCGGUGAGCACACCAACUACUACUUUGACGUAUCCCAUGAGCACCUGGAGGGAGCACUAGACAGGUUUGCUCAGUUCUUCCUGUGCCCGUUGUUUGACGAGAGCUGUAAGGACCGUGAGGUAAACGCUGUGGACUCUGAGCAUGAGAAGAACCUGAUGAAUGAUGCCUGGAGGCUGUUCCAGCUGGAGAAGGCCACUGGCAACCCCAACCACCCUUUCAGCAAAUUUGGGACUGGUAACAAGUUGACUCUGGAGACCAGGCCAUCCAAGGAUGGGAUCAACAUCCGCCAGGAGCUCCUGAAGUUCCAUUCCACCUACUACUCCUCCAAUCUCAUGGGACUGUGUGUGCUAGGAAGAGAGUCAUUAGAUGAGCUCACCACCAUGGUGGUCAAGCUGUUUGGCGAAGUGGAGAACAAGAAUGUGCCUAUCCCCGAGUUCCCCAACCACCCCUUCCAGGAGGAGCAUCUCAAGCAAUUCUACAAAGUGGUGCCUAUCAAGGACAUUAGGAACCUGUAUGUGACGUUCCCUAUCCCAGACCUGCAGAAGUACUACAAGUCCAACCCAGGCCACUAUCUGGGCCACCUGAUAGGCCACGAGGGCCCAGGGAGCCUGCUGUCUGAGCUCAAAUCCAAAGGCUGGGUAAACACGCUGGUCGGAGGCCAGAAAGAGGGAGCUAAAGGCUUCAUGUUCUUCAUCAUCAAUGUGGACCUGACAGAGGAGGGACUCUUGCACGUGGAUGACAUCAUCUUCCACAUGUUCCAGUACAUCCAGAAGCUGCGCAUGAAGGGGCCUCAGGAGUGGGUCUUCCAGGAGUGCAAGGACCUAAACACAGUGGCCUUCAGGUUCAAGGACAAGGAGCGGCCCCGUGGCUACACCUCCAAAGUGUCUGGAUUACUGCACUACUACCCUCUGGAGGAGAUCCUAGCAGCAGAGUACCUACUGGAGGACUUCAGGCCAGACCUGAUAGAGAUGGUGCUGGACAAGCUGAGGCCAGAAUACGUCAGAGUCGCAGUUGUCUCAAAGUCGUUUGAAGGGCAGACAGACAAGACUGAGGAAUGGUAUGGGACCCACUACAAACAGGAGCCCAUCUCUGAGGAAGUCAUCAAGAAAUGGGGAAACGCUGACCUCAAUGGCAAGUUCAAGCUGCCCAUGAAGAACGAGUUCAUUCCCACCAGCUUUGAGAUCUACCCUCUGGAGAAGGACUCUCCCUCCGCUCCCACUCUAAUCAAGGACACCGCUAUGAGCAAGGUGUGGUUCAAGCAGGAUGACAAGUUUUUCCUACCAAAGGCAUGCCUGAACUUUGAGUUCUUCAGCCCGUUUGCGUAUGUGGACCCAAUACAUUGUAACAUGGCCUAUUUGUACCUGGAGCUCCUCAAGGACUCCCUCAACGAGUAUGCAUAUGCAGCCGAGCUCGCCGGCUUGAACUAUGACCUCCAAAAUACCAUCUAUGGGAUGUAUCUCUCAGUGAAGGGCUACAAUGACAAGCAGCACAUCCUGCUGAAGAAGAUCAUUGAGAAGAUGGCCGCGUUUGAGAUUGAUGAGAAACGCUUUGACAUCAUCAAGGAAGCGUAUAUGAGGUCACUGAACAACUUCAGAGCGGAGCAACCCCAUCAGCAUGCCAUGUACUACCUGCGUCUGCUGAUGACAGAGGUGGCCUGGACCAAAGACGAGCUCAAGGAGGCUCUAGACGAUGUCACUCUCCCCCGCCUCAAGGCCUUCAUACCUCAACUAUUGUCACGGUUACACAUCGAGACCCUUCUCCAUGGCAACAUCACCAAGGAGUCUGCUCUAGACAUGAUGCAGAUGGUCGAGGACACGCUUAUGAAUCAAGCCCACACCAAGCCCCUCCUACCAAGCCAGUUGAUUCGCUACAGGGAGGUGCAGGUGCCAGAUGGUGGCUGGUAUGUGUACCAGCAGAGGAACGAGGUGCACAACAACUGUGGCAUAGAGAUCUACUACCAGACAGACAUGCAGACAACCCACGACAACAUGCUGCUGGAGCUCUUCUGCCAGAUCAUCUCUGAGCCUUGCUUCAACACACUGCGCACCAAGGAACAGUUGGGGUACAUAGUGUUUAGCGGUCCGCGGCGCGCUAACGGGGUCCAGGGCCUGCGCUUCAUCAUCCAGUCGGAGAAGGCCCCCCACUACCUGGAGAGCCGGGUGGAGGCGUUCCUAAAAGCCAUGGAGAUGUCUGUGGAGGAAAUGAACGACGAGGCCUUCCAGAAACACAUCCAGGCCUUGGCCAUCCGCCGCCUGGACAAGCCCAAGAAGCUGGCCGCUGAGUGCGCCAAGUACUGGGGGGAGAUCAUCUCUCAGCAGUACAACUUCGACAGGGAUAACAUUGAAGUGGCCUAUCUGAAGACGUUGACGAAAGAAAACAUCAUGCAGUUCUACCGGGAUCUGUUGGCUGUGGAUGCACCCAAGAGGCACAAGGUGUCUGUGCAUGUCCUGUCUAGGGAGAUGGACUCAUGCCCAGUCGUGGGCGAGUUCCCUGCCCAGAAUGACGUCAACCUGGUCCCUGCCCCCUCCUUGCCACAGCCUACUUUGGUCCAGGACAUGACCGAGUUCAAGAGGAGCCUUCCCCUCUUUCCCCUGGCCAAGCCCCACAUCAACUUCAUGGCUGCCAAACUGUGAGGACCGGGCAGCCCUGCCCCCAGAGCAGCAUGGGAGCACUGUGGUGGGGGGGUGCCCUGCUCUGUCUCCCCCCCCUGUCCCCCCGAGGCAACAGGAGUCAGGAACACACUCAUCUGACUAAGCCUGCAUGUGUGUAUGUUUGUGUAUCUGUGUGUGGUAGGCUGGAGGCUACGAGAGGCACUUGGAAAUGUGUUUGAUUCCCACAACUUGGCUGUGGAUCUCAUCAUAGCUCCGUGUAAGAGUAGAGGUCACCCAAUUUUAGUCUCAUGGAAAACCCCACCAACACACAUUCCCAAUAAUGUAUAGAAUGUUGAAGCAGGGCUCCUAUUAUAGAGGAAUAGUAAUAACUUAAACAACCACAAGGCCGGGAACCCUGUAAACCAGUACAAGUACCCCUUGACACUUUAUAAUGGAAGUGUUUUUAGUUGGUUUAGCCACAAGGACAUGCUGCUGUGGUGAGAGUAAACUGUUGGUUAAUGAUGAUUAUGUGAAGCUUUUGAGGUGUAGGAGGAUAGCUCUGCAAAGGGUGUACAUAAUAUCAUUUUAGACACGCCGGACACGUACUUUCUUAUGUACUCGUGCGACGCAUCAAGGCACAGUGACAACUCCCUGAAUUGAUAUCACAAAGACUGUGUUUAAAUAAGAUGAAUGUGCAACACACUAUUUUGGACACCAUUUCAGUUGAUCAGCCUUAUGGAAACAAUUCUGUUUUAAUCCAUGAUGUACAGGUUUUGAGAUCUGACUCUAUUUAUUUUUUAAACUGGUAAAAUGUCAGGGCCCAUUUGGUGGAGAGGUGUCCCGUGAAGCUUUUCUUUUGAACUAGUGCUCUAUAGGGUUGUAUUAUCCAAGCAUCUCAGGGUCCCUCUAAUCGUUUGCUUUUAUUUGAGAUUGAAGAAAAAUAAACAUAUUUAAAUGUC